AGGAAAGCUAACUGUUGCGGUAAGACACAUUUACCUUUAGCGUUGCCGAAGCAGCAUCAUGGUCGCUUAGAACGUAAGCACGAAAGCGGUACACGAGAGGUGUUUUCCACCUGACUAGGUUUCGCAGUGAUACAUUUCUGGCUAACAACAUACACAAGAAUCUUUCAUAGAUAACAACAUUAAUAGAGCUUGGAGCAACGCUGAAGCGCGUGCCAUAUCAAGCAAGCAGACGAGUUACAAACAAGUUGCCGCAGAUAAAACACGAUGUUGAGCGCCGGGGCAAAUUGGGCUGACGAGGUCGAAGAAGAGGAGUCCUUGCGCGGUCCUGUCUUCCCCCGGGUUGUUCCGCCCGGUGAGCAUGUCGCAGCGCAUGCUGUUCAACCGAGCAGCUCAUCCGACGAUGGGAGUUGGAGGUCUGUGAAGGACACAAGGCGUCAAAGCGAAACCAGAGGCUCUCCUGCGUCGUCAGCAGCUGGCGUUGCGGAGCACGACUCUCAGCAGCCGCAUGGCAACGGCACCGGAACGACAAAUAACGGACCCGACAGCCCCGCUGUAAAAACCACCUCAGACCCCGAAUCCCACACCAACGGCGUGCACGCUACCGCCCCGGCCGCCCAAGCCGACGCUGCUGCCCCCGCUGACACAGCAGCAGCUCCUCCUCCUCCCGCUGCACCUGCUCCUGCAGCUGACACAGUUGCAGCUGCCGAACCACAGCCCCCCAACGGUGCUGCCACAGAUGCCGCAGAGGGCCAAGCAGACCCACAUCGUGACCAGCAGCAACCUCAGCAACCCCAGCCCCAGUCACCGGGAGGAGGAGGUGCUGCGGUGGUGGUUUCGGAGCUGGCUGCCGCGUUGCGUGCGGUAGCUGAGGAGAGUGCUCGGCGGUACUGCGAGCAGGUGGUGGAGGCGGCGGGGAGCUGGCUGGCGGGGGUGGCGGAGGGUCUGGCGGCGGCGGUGGCGGCGGCGGCGGAGGAGCAGAUCAGGAAGAUGUCCCCCGCAGCCGCUGCGGAGUUGCCGUCCGACUGGUCCCUGCAGCUGCGCUCCUCGCUGCAGACCGGCAUGGGCGCGGGGCCGCUGCAGGAGGCUCGGCGGCAGCUGCAGCGGGCCCUGCAGGGGCUGCCGGUGCCUGCAGCUGCCGGGGGGCCGGCGGGAGUCGCGAUGGAGAGGACUGGAAGCCUGGGAGGAGGAGGAGGAGGUGGUGCUGGUGGUGGCAGGCGUGGGGCGCGGGGAAGCGGCCGGGAGAGGGAAAGGGAGCGGGAGCGGGAUCAUGAGACGGGAUCGACUGGGGGAGGUGGUAAUGGUGGUGGUCGGGGAAGGAGGGAGGGGAGCAACGUGGCGGCGGUGGCGGUGGCGGCCGCGGCGGCUGCAGCUGCUGCGGCGACGGCUGGAGGCGACAGGCAGCAGCCCGCUGCAGGCAACGGCUCCUCCGCCGACAACACUCGCCGCGGCGGCCGGGGCGACCGGGGUGGGAGGGCCCGUGGUGGCGGUGGCGGUGGCGGUGCUGAUGCUGCUGCCGAGGGCGCCUCCCCCCCGCUGCCUCGCUUCGGUGACCGGGGCUACCUGCAUGAUGACCGGGAUGCGGCGGAAGGGGAGGGCAACCCCGAUGAGGCGGCCAACUGGAGGAGGAGGGAUGCCGAGGAGGGCCCGCACCAGGCUCGGGGCUCCGGCACCCCCGGGGGGGCCACCGCCGCUGCCGCCGCUACUGCCGCCCUGCAGCCCCCGCGCAAGGUUAAGGCGGGGCACCAGACCUACACGCCGCCCGCACGCAGGGGGGGCGACAGGACGCAUGCUGAUGGCAGCACCGCGGACGGUGAGGAGCUGCCCGACGUGCCGCCCCCGGGUCUGGCGGGCUCCUCCGGCCCCACCUCGGCCCGCAGCCGCCGCACCACUCGGGAGGAGCACUGAGGCAUGCGAAUUGGUGGGGUGGUGGUGGAGGGGUGGUGCAGCGGUUGUGAUGCAGACUGUGUGCUGAUGCUGGGCCGGUGAAGGAAGCGCCGUGUGAUGGAAGCUACUGGUAGUAUUAAAUGAUGCUGUUGCGCACUUGUCACAAGAUUUAAACGAGGCAAAAGAAGGGGCUGUAGAGAGACGCACGCGAUUGCUUUUGUAUGAGAGUUAGGAGGCUGUGUGGAUUGUGAGGGAACUUUGGACUGCUGUCGGCACCGCUGGGUGUGUGUAUUGCCUUGCAUUGCUCUUGUGCUUGUGCAGGCUUGACGGAACAAUUACAGUGGUGGGGGCCGUGUGCCUGUGUACUUGUCGCUGCUGCCGCUGCUGCUGCUCCCUCGUACAUGGGAGAAUGGAGACUAAAGCAUUGCGCUGUAAGUAUAUGGGAUGCAGGCGCAACGCAACGCAACGCAUUGGCACCCUUUGUGUGUCCCAGGCAUCCCAGCACCAUGUGCAUUGUUGCUUGGCCUUGCCGUGUGUGCUUUCGUACACGAAUGCUGCGCACAUGCAGGGUGAAAGGCGUUUGGACUGUUUGGGGUUAAGGUUCUUGCAAUGUGUACUAUGGAACAAAAAUACGGUGGAUGGUGUUUUUGCGUGUACGGCAGGAGGCUGGAAGCGGAGUGUUGUUGUGUCUCGUUCGGAAGCUAAGCAGAGGACUGCUGCAAGCCUACCGCGAUCUUGCAAACGGUUCGAUAAUAUGCGUUUAAUGGCAUGACGGCUUGUUUGCUUGCGCGGGCCG